UACAACCUGUUCACAAACAAGUCCACAGUUCCAGCAACCUCCACUCUUCAAUGCACGCAUCAUGGCCGACGACACAGAAAUGCCUGAUGCCGAUGCCGUGCGAGAGAACACGCUCAUCUAUGGCCGUGAGGAGCUCGACGAGAAGUACCCUACUCGCCCUGUGAACCUUCACAAAACACUGCCAUUCCAUACGUUAUUUACCGACCUGUUUGAUCCGCUCAUGGAUACUCAGAAGAGAAAGCAGCCUCCCGGGCCCCGUCGAAGGGUGGGGCCUACUGGCCACUCGAACAUGUCACCGCAUGAAGCCAAGCGGAACAUCAUUGAGAGAUUCAUCGCCAAUUGGCGUAAGCAAGUGGGCGACGACUUCUAUCCAGCAAUGCGGUUGAUAAUCCCGGAAAAAGACCGAGACCGAGCCAUGUAUGGUCUGAAAGAGAAAGCCAUUGCCAAGGUUCUGAUCAAACUCACCAAGAUCAGCAAAGACUCGGACGAUGCCAAGCACAUGUUGAACUGGAAACUGCCUGGUCAGCUACACAAAGCGUCAGCCUCUACAGCUGGCGACUUUACGGGGCGAUGCUACGAGGUUCUCUCAUCCCGUCAGCUACGAACCGAGCUUAGUGACAUGAGCAUCGCCGAAGUCAAUAAUGCCUUGGAUAAGCUAUCGCAAGUUGGCUCAGAAGAUGAGCAGAUCAAGAUCUUCCAGAGGUUCUACCGGAGAAUGAACGCCGAGGAGAUGACCUGGCUUAUUCGCAUAAUCCUUCGUCAGAUGAAAAUUGGAGCGACUGAGAAGACGUUCCUUGACAUCUGGCAUCCGGACGCGGAGACCCUAUUCAACAUCUCAUCGAAUCUUCGCCGAGUGUGCUGGGAGCUGUACGAUCCAGAAAUUCGUCUAGAUGGUGAGGACACAGGCCUUAGCUUGAUGCAGUGUUUCCAGCCUCAGUUGGCUGCAUUUCAGGAUAAAGUGGGAUCGUUCGACAAAAUGGUUACUAGGUUUCAGUCCAACCCUGAAGACGACGCGUUCUGGAUCGAAGAGAAGCUAGACGGUGAACGAAUGCAACUCCACAUGAUAGAAGACCCGGACGCACCUGGUGGGAAGCUUUUCGGCUUCUGGUCACGAAAGGCCAAGGAUUAUGCUUACCUCUAUGGUAAGCACUUUCAGGGUGAUGAUGCUGGUGCUCUGACACGCUUCAUCAAGGACGCUUUUGGCAAGAAUGUGAGGAACAUCAUACUUGACGGCGAGAUGAUUACCUGGGACAUGGAUGUGGAUCACAUCGUCGGAUUUGGCACACUCAAAACCGCAGCCAUAUCCGAAAAGGAGAACAAGACCAACAAAGAUACCGGACAGCGGCCGCUCUUCCGUGUUUUUGAUUGUGUAUAUCUAAACGACAAGCUACUUACGCAGUACACGCUCCGCGACCGCCGUCAUGCUCUCGAAAGCGCCAUCAAAGGUGUGCAUCGCCGCUUAGAGAUUCAUCCGUACAUCGAAGCGCGAUCCGCUACUGAGAUUGAGCCAGCGUUGCGAAAGGUGGUUGCCGAAUCGUCCGAAGGUCUGGUGCUGAAGAAUCCGCGCUCGAUGUACCGCCUGAACGAGCGGAACAACGACUGGAUGAAAGUCAAGCCGGAGUACAUGUCCGAAUUUGGAGAGUCGCUCGACUGCGUUGUCGUUGGCGGCUACUUUGGCUCUGGUCAUCGCGGUGGCGCCCACUCUUCCUUCCUUUGCGCGUUACUUGUCAAUAAGAAUGCCAAGCCAGGGGACGCAGACUACGAAAAGUGUUUGUCAUUGUUCAAAGUGGGUGGCGGCUUCAGUCGUGAUGACUACGCGGCUGUUCGUGGGCGCACAGAGGGCAAGUGGAAGGAUUGGGAUCCGCGACGACCACCUCCGUUCGUUGAGCUGGGUGGUCACGAUCAGAAUCGCCAACACGAGAGACCUGACCAAUGGAUCAAGCCUAGCGACUCUGUCGUUCUGGAAUGCAAGGCUGCCAGUGUAGAAGGUAGUGACAAGUUCCGAGUCGGUUUAACACUGCGCUUUCCUCGGUUCAAGCAGUUGCGUGUCGAUAAGAGAUGGGACCAGGCUCUCUCACUACAGGAAUUCUACGAUGUGAAAGACAACGUAGAGAAAGAGCGCUCGGAGAAAGAGAAAGAAUUCAAAAUCGAGCAAUCGCGCCGAAAGAAGGCGAGAACAUCGAAGAAGCCACUCACUGUAGUAGGCAACGAGACAGUCACCACACCCUACGCUGGUCCAGAAUCGAAGCUUUUCAAUGGGCUCAGUUUUUACAUAAUGACAGAACAAAUACACCCAAUGAAGAAGUCCAAAGCCGAUCUUGAAGCAUUGGUCAAGGCCAACGGAGGCAAGAUCGUGCAGCGUGACUCGGAAGACAAGAGCUUGGUCAUUGUGGCCGACAAGCGACUCAUCAAGGUUGCGUCCCUCGAAAAACGUGGCACAAACAACAUUGUCAAGCCAGUCUGGAUCGAAGAUUGUGUACAACAGAGCGCGGUGGACGUUGAGGCACUGCCUUACCUACUGCCUUUCGAGCCGAACCGACACAUGUUCUACCUACAUGAUAAUGACCAGCUGCACUUCGAGGAAAACGUUGACGAGAACGGCGACUCUUAUGCGCGCGACAUAACGGAUGUGGACGAAAUGAGAAGACUACUUUCCGGCAUGAAGAAGCCGGAAAGCCAUUCAAACUUCGACCGCGGGACGUUCCUGGAGCAACUUGAAGAUCAUGGAGAGUCACUCGCCCAUCUCAAGACACACAUGUUCUCCAAUAUGAGGGUCGCUUUCGACACAGACGAUAAUUGCGCCUGGAAUUCACGGGCUCAGCUAGCAAAGAACUACAUCUUCUUCGGUGGUGGAAAGGUCGCUGAUAUUGAUGAGGAUGGGCUCACUCACAUCAUAGUCCCCAACGGACAGGAAGCCGCGACUCUGAAGAAAGGAGGAAGCAAGGUAACCAACCUCUCGCGCACAGUGGGGGUCGAAUGGGUGGAAAAGUGUUGGGAGGAAGGGACAAGGGUUGACGAAGAGAGGUUUCAGUGGGGAUGAUGAUGUUCAUAAGAGGAUGCAUAAGCGAUUACAAGUCUUUUACGAUCGUUCAUGUUGUAUGAAUAACGAAGUCAAUCUAUGAAUGCAUGGACUACCAGGAAGGAUGAAACAUGGUGCCAACUUGACUAUAGACUUGAGGUACUCUAGAGCCCCCAACACCCGACAAAUUAACUAGACAG